CUCGUGGGUGUAAGGAGCUUCGGUACAUUCAGUAAUCUUCGUCUGAUUUUGGACCCUAUUAACAAAGAAAUCAUGUACGCCAGAUCGCCUUGUACGGACGCCGGAAGAGAUGAGGCUGGAGAGGAGCAGUCCAUGAUCCAGGCAAUGAUAGACGAGACUGCAUUGAUGGUAGUCAAUUCUGAAAUGUUCGUGCAGGACGAGCUGGCAACGUUCAAGUCUGGCCAGGAAGAAAUGCUUAAAACGCAUUUGGAGCAGCUGAGGCAAGAAAUGGAAAACAUGAAGAGCGAGCAGGCCGCAUACCUCCAGGAGAAUUUGAACGGCAUUAAGAAAGAAUUACAGGAAAUGAAGAAAUGGAAGGACGAAGUCCUUGGUGAAAGCUGCAGAUUGAAGAGAGAGUUACAAGACGUGCAGAGAGCGAACAACGAAAUGUCCGAAAAGUUGAAGAAGGCCACGUCAGAAAUAAGUUUCCUAAAAGCAAUGAUAGGCCGCCWGAGUGUGGAGACCAGUGUUCACGUCCGCCUCUAAGGUUGCUGAGACACCUGGUGUUAGUACUUCAGCCGGACUGGCUACUGCUUAAAUGUUUGAAUAUACAAGAAGAAAACAAAGACGAAAGACCGCGGUUCACAACUGAGAAACGGUUUGAAUUAAUUCGAGCGCCAAAUCAAACGAUGGCUCAUGCAGUCCUGUGAUAUAGAUGAGGUCUCAUUGGUUGUUUCAGUCACAUGACUGAAUAUCACGACACAGGAAAGAUGGCGCACUGUAUGGCGAUGAUUGUUGGGGUGUCUUAUAACAGAAAUCGUUUUUAAAUAGCAAAUUUUAAGGAAAUUUAUUCUGGAGAAAACACAAAAACAUAUUUUUCUGUGU